AUGGAUUCGGAGAAUAUUCUCUGGGAGGCCGAGGAGGGCGUUCCCCAGACCCAAGAUGCGUUUAUUCAGCGGUUCCUGGAUGGUCGCGAUUCUCUGAUCCAAAGAGAGGUCUCACAACGACAUGACUUUAACCUGCAUAAUUCAUUGCCCCCAGUAGCCCACAGAGCAUGCCAGAUCGUGUCUCAAGCAUGUGCCCAGGAGCUGGCGCAGACCCAGCAAGAUGGCUACCCAUCAGACGGGCUCUUACAUCCGAGCCUCAUGUCAGAACAGGCCAAGGAGUGGAUGGAGCAGUCUGAUCUCUACAAAAUUGUGCGACGUUUGCCCAAAGGGUCUCUUCUGCACGGGCAUCUGCCGGCAAUGAUUGACACGGACUUUCUUAUCGACCAGGUGUUUGCCACACCAGGAAUCCACAUAUCCGCCCCCAAGCCUUUAACAAGCGAGCGCGACUUUCAAGAGGCGCCAGUUCUCUUUCAUUAUCGUCCCACUGAAAGUUCAAGAGAUAAGCCGUCAUUGUGGUCACAUGAUUAUACCUCAUUGGAACCCAUCGACGUCCAAGCGGCUGCUUCUUCGUUUCCUGACAGCGGAGAAGCUGGAUUCCGUAGAUGGCUGAAAAGUCGCUGUACAUUGCAGCCAAACAAUGCUGGUGGCAGCAGAGCAGUCUCAGAUCUCUUCCACCGUUGUCUUCCCAUAAUCAGCUCUAUUUUCCAUCAUGAGCCGAUCUUACGUUCAUCUCUGCGACACAUAUUCUCUCAGUUGGCCGCCGACAGGAUAAGGUAUGUUGAGUUUCGAGUCGCUUUCACAUUCCAAUACACGCCUCAAGGAGAUAGCAAGACUGAAGAAGACUAUUCUACGUGGUUUCAAACCUUCCAAGAAGAGGCCGAACGUUUCAAGAGUUCUGAGGAGGGAAAGCAGUUCUAUGGCGCGCGAAUCAUCUGGACAGCCAUGCGCGACUCGUCGAACAAGAACAUAGGACUGAGCAUGAAGCAGUGCAUCCUCAUAAAGCAGAAAUACCCCGACUUGAUCAGCGGGUUUGACCUGUUCGGUACUAAAGGUCACGACAGACCACUCAAUGACUUGCUUCCAAUCCUGUUCUGGUUCCGUGGAAGAUGCGCCGAAGAAGGGCUGGACAUCCCCUUCAUCUUCCAUGCCGGGCAAUCCCACGGUGACGGAGACCAAGCCGAUGAUGAUUUGUUCGACGCGGUGUUAUUAGGCUCCCGAAGAAUAAGCCAGGCCCUCUCGCUCUAUAAACACCCUCUGCUUAUCGAUGUCAUCAAGACAAAACGCAUUCUAAUAGAAUACUCUUUGAGAUCAAGCGCAUGCCUUGGAUUCACCAGCCCUUUCCAGUCCCAUCCUCUUCCCGCCCUCUUAUCUCGCGGUGUCUCUGUCGCUCUCAGCAACGAUGCUCCAGGCAUAUUCGGUCUUGGAGAGAAUGGUCUGUCGUCAGAAUAUCUCGGCGCACUUCUUGCGUUUCAGAACAUGGGCCUCACGGGCCUCACGAUGAUGGCGGAGAAUUCUAUUCGAUGGAGCUGUUACGAAGAUCAAUCUUUGAAGGAGUGGACCACUGGCAUCGAAAAAGGCAUUGUUGGUGAAGGCUUGAAGGCUUCUCGUCUGCAAGAGUUCUACGCUGAUUUUGAGAAGUUCUGCGAAUGGGUAGUGCAGGAAUUUGAAGCAAAGUAUGGGGAUCAAUGA